AUGUGUCCAGGCGUGUCUGUGUUCGUAGGUGUCUGUGUUCGUGGGUGUCUGUGUCCGUGUGUGUCUGUGUCCGUGUGUGCCUGUGUCCGUGGGUGUCUGUGUUCGUGGGUGUAUAUGUGUCCGAGCGUGUAUGUGUUCGUGGGUGUCUGUGUCCGUGGGUGUCUGUGUCCGUGGGUGUCUGUGUCUGUGUGUGCCUGUGUCCGUGUGGGUGCCUGUGUCCGUGGAUGUAUAUGUGUCCGAGCGUGUCUGUGUUCGUGGGUGUCUGUGUCCGUGUGUGCCUGUGUCCGUGGGUGUCUAUGUGUUCGUGGGUGUUUGUGUUCGUGUGUGCCUGUGUCCUUAGGUGUCUGUGUCCGUGUGUGCCUCUGUCCGUGGGUGUCUGUGUCCGUGUGUGCCUCUGUCCGUGGGUGUCUGUGUCCGUGUGUGCCUGUGUCCGUGGGUGUCUGUGCCCGUGUGUGCCUGUGUUCGUGGAUGUCUGUGUCCGUGUGUGCCUGUGUCCUUAGGUGUCUGUGUCCGUGUGUGCCUGUGUCCUUAGGUGUCUGUGUCCGUGUGUGCCUCUGUCCGUGGGUGUCUGUGUCCGUGGGUGUAUAUGUGUCCGAGAGUGUCUGUGUUCGUGGGUGUUUGUGUCCGUGGGUGUCUGUGUUCGUGGGUGUCUGUGUCCGUGGGUGUAAAUGUGUCCGAGCGUGUCAGUGUCUGUGUAUCUGUGUGUCUGUGGGUGACUCCCCGUAG